AUGUCGAACAACAAUGACAACAUCCAAGAAAACCAAGAAAACCAGACAAACCAACAACUUCAAGGAGAUCUGCGAGACAAUAGUGCAUUAGUUCCUUCUCCACAAGGUUCUCCACGGCGAUCUCGUGAAAUUAAGGCCAUUGAUGUACUUUCAAGUAAGAAAGAAGUUCAAAGACUAACAGGGAUGAUUGCAGCUUUGGAAAGAUUUAUUUCUAAAUCAUCAGAGAAAUGCUUUAGAUUCUUCUCAGCCCUUAAAAAGCAGGAUCAUUUCGAAUGGAAUGAAGAAUGUCAACAGGCACUCAGAGAUUUGAAAGCAUACUUGUCAAAUCCACCUUUGCUUGCAAAACCGAAGGCUGGGGAAAGACUACUCAUUUACCUUGCUGUACGAAGAGAUGAGAAUCUCGAAGCAGAUGCUUUAGCUAAUCUCGCAUCUGCAGCUGAUGUGACAAGCGAUGCAAGUGCUUCAGUUAUUCAUCUAUUUCAUUCAGCUCUUGAUCCUGACAAAAAUGAGCUCUCCCACUUCGAUUGUAGUAACCGGAAAUCAGACAGUUUAGCAUUUGUCAAGGUGUUGGUUAACAUUUGUCAAAAGUUGCAGAAAAACUGGAACAUCAAAAUGGAUAAAUUUGUGAUCAGGUCAAACAUUGGCCAAUCAAGUUUCAAUGGUAGUAGUCGGCCUUCUGUUAGUUCGAAUAUAGCUCCUGAAAUCCAAAGAGGGACAAUCUUAUCCCCUCCUUCAAAUGUUGAUAGUGUUCUUGAGCUAGGAUCUCCCAGUCCUGAUCCCAAAGAAAGAAUACCGAUUCUUCAGUAUGCCCCUAAUAUCCGAGAUGAAGUGAGGAGACAUUAUAUUCAAAAAGGGGCUUGUCAACCGAGUGGCCAUGCUUUCCCUAAAACUAAAUUUGGGAACAAAAUGCGUCAAUUUAAUCCCGAUUGGUUUAAGGGUCCAUAUUCUCAAUGGUUGGAAUAUAACAUAAAAAGUGAUGCUGCAUUCUGUUUGUGUUGUUAUUUAUUUAAGAAUGAACUUGAAAGUCGCGGUAAUGCGGGAGAUGCAUUUACAAAAGAUGGGUUUAAGGGUUGGAACAAGGGUACGGAAAGACUUAGAACGCAUGUCGGAGAAGUAGAUAGUAUCCAUCACAAAUGUUUUAAUAGGAUGCAAGAUUUGAUAAAUCAAGAACAAUCGAUUCAAUCUUCUUUUCACAAGCAAAGUGAGAAAGUAAAAAGUGAUCAUCGGAUACGUUUAAAUGCCUCGGUUGAUGUGGUAAGAUUUCUCUUGAGAAAUGGAUUGUCAUUUCGUGGUCAUAAUGAAAGUGAAGAUUCCGAAUACAAAGGUCUUUUUCUUGAACUUUUGGAAUUUCAUGGGGAUAAGCAUUCAGAUGUGGGAAAGGUAAUAUUACAUAAAGCUCCAAAAAAUGAUAUGAUGAUUUGUCCAGCAAUUCAAAAGGAUAUUGUGGAUGCUUGUGCUAAAGAAACAAUUAAAGCUAUUAUCCAAGAUUUGGAUGAUGACUUUUUUGGGAUAUUGGUUGAUGAAUCAAAGGACAUCUCACAUAAAGAGCAAAUGGCCCUUGUUAUACGAUAUGUUAACAAAAGAGGGGAGAAAACAAUUUAUGAUUUGCUUUUGGAUCACUCGUUAAGCUCAUCCAAGCUACGUGGACAAGGUUACGAUGGAGCUAGUAAUAUGCAAGGAAGAAUAAAUGGCCUAAAGUCUUUGAUUUUACAAGAUGUUCCAUCUGCCUAUUGUGUUCAUUGUUUUGCCCAUCAGUUGCAAUUAACACUUGUAGCUCUUUCUAAAAAGCAUCCGGAUGUGAAAAAUUUUUUUGAUGUUGUCACUAACACAUUGAAUAUUAUUGGAGCAUUUUUUAAACGCAGGGAAAUACUUCGACAACACCAAGUAGAGAAGUUGGAAGAAUUACUUAAGUCUGGAGAAAUACUUACCGGGCAAGGAUUGAAUCAAGAACAUAUGCAACAAGAUAGUCUUCUUUCUCUUGAUAGAUUUGCAGCAAAAAAUCUUUUGGGUAAUAUUCAAGAAUUUGAGUUUGUGUUUUUAUUGCACUUGAUGUUCAAGAUGUUGCUUUUUACAAAUGAAUUGAACAAAGCUUUACAAAAGAAAGAUCAAGACAUAGUCAAUGCUAUGAGGUUGCUUGACCUUGCAAAGAUAAGAUUGCAGACUAUGAGAGAAAGUGAAUUCGAGAUCUUGAUGAAUGAAGUUUACUCGUUCUGUGCUAUUGAUUUGCAGCUUCAUGAGUUAAAUAGUCGUUUUGAUGUAGUGACUAGUGACUUACUCCUUGGUAUGGCUUCUUUGAAUCCGAUUGAUUCAUUUGCUAAUUUUGACAAAGACAGAAUAAUAAAGUUGGCCGAGUAUUAUCCAAGUGAGUUUGAUGACAACAAGCUUCGAGAUCUCAGCUUUCAGCUUGAUAGUUUCAUUGUCUAUGCUCGAAUGCCUCAUAGCAAAUUUAUCAACUUGAAAGGAAUGAAGGGUCUUGCUAUAGUGAUGGCAGAGACGAAAUUGGAUCAAACUUGGUGUCAUAUUUAUUUACUUGUGAAGUUGACUUUGAUUCUACCUGUUGCUACUGCAAGCAUGGAAAGGGCAUUCUCCUCAAUGAAGCUCAUAAAAAGUGAUCUACGUAAUAGCAUUAGUGAAGAGUUUUUGAAUGGUUGUUUAGCAUAG